GCCCCCCCCCCCCCGCGCCCCCCCCCAUCCUCCUCCUCCAGAUUCUUCUGCAAUGUAUAAAGAGCCUAGAGAAGAAAACAUAACAUUAAAAUGCACGAAACAAAGUGCGCCGAUCGCAAUGAGAGGAUAUAGCUGCAGUCCUUGAUUCGGAGUCGUUUUACAGAGAAUGUCAGGGACAGCAAAUGCGGAAUCAGAGGGAGUCUCCAAAGUUCAAAUAAAAAGGCAGAUCAAGACAAUCGUGGAAGAUUUGGAGAACAUCUUGGGGGACUUGAAGGAUGUAGCGAAAGAACUCAAAGAGGUUGUUCAUGAGAUAGACUCCCUGACUUCAGACCUCCAGCUAGAGGAGAUGGCAAACAGCUCGAAGACUGACACACUCAACAGCAGCUCAAGCAGUACCACAACCACGACCACUGCCUCCAGCAUUGAGAGAAUUAAGAUCUACCCUGAAGACGCCUUCCUGAGACCUCCAUCCAUGGCCUCUGGCAUGCUCACAGUACUGAAGAGGACCCAUCCUCCUCUCCUACCUCCUCGCCUGACGCCAGCCAGAGACGAGGACCACAGCAAGAGCCUGUCCUCAGGGAACCAAGCCAAAGAGAACAGAACACUCAUGCGCAAUGGCGUCUUCUCUACAAAGCCCAUUAGCAUACCCGGCAGAGAUUCGGUAUGCAUGCCUAAAAGCUCGACAGAAAAAGGACUGACUCUGAUACCCCUUCUGCGGCACAAAAAAAGUCGAUGUCGUCAGGUGACACGGGAGCGGGUGCGAUUCAGUGAAAAGGUUCAGUACCAUGGCUACUGCCCGGACUGUGACCUACAGUACGACAUUGACAACACGGAUAUGCACUUACACAGUGAUCUUUUUGACAUGAAACUAAGCCCCAUUCAUCAGUGCUCCUCUAUGGCCCCAGCCCAUGUUCUGAUGGAAAAUGGUGGCCUGAGCCUCAGUCACAGCUUUCCUCCUUCAACUCAAUCUUGUGUGCCUCAUCAUGCUACUCCAAAACCGCAGAAAACCAUACUGCGCAAGUCCACUACAACAACUGUUUGAUAUAUAAAUCCCCCUAAAGAGACAUUUAAUAAUCUUUUAUAUGUUUUAUUUGAUGUCAUAAGCACUUUCUACUGCAGUAUAAAAUGGAUUAUCUGAAGAUUAAAAAGGAAAGAGGCUAUGGGGAUGCUUUACAGUACUUCAUUGGAAGUCCAAAGAAAGUAAGUGAUCGGUGAGUACUUUUUCAAAUGAGCAGAAUAUACUGAGAAUCAGGAUAAAGGUAUAUUUGAUAAUGACCUCAGGUGAGACAUUAUGGUCAUUAAAUAUUUAUGGAGACUCAUAACAAUUCAAGUGGUCUAUGAAAAUGUGAGCUAUAUCUUCUGAGGGUUGAGGUCAGGCACCAAGACAAAUCUGGCCCAGGUUUUCCACUGAAUGGCAGGUAUCCAAAAUGUUAUUAAUUGGGUGAAAUGUAUUAUCCACAUCCCUAGACUAUGAAUUUGCACUACAGCUCUUCCAGAAAGAUUAAGAAUUUAUACUGUAUAUGAACAUGUCAGAGUUAUUCGGAGAUAUGUUUGCAACUUACACCACGUUAUGAUGAUGCUGACACUAGACACCAUGUCCCCAUUUUUACAUUCAAAUCAAGGAGGGAGAUGAGAGGCUUUUUGAGUGCUAAGGGUUUAGGAAAGGGGGCAUACCCUGGAGGGAGCUGAAAAUAGCAACCUCUACUAAUUAAAGAAAUUAAGCAAAUGCUGAUUAUGGAAUUUCACCCCAGCUUUGCAUCAACCUAAAUAUCAACUCAAGUGUCAACUGCAUUCAGUGUAGUUGUGUAAAGAGAUGUAACCCUGUGAAUGAUCAAACUAAGAUGCAGAGGUGUGUAAAGUAGUCAAAAUUUAUUUACUCAAGUACAAGUAAAACUACUUAUAAAAAUAAUUACUCAAGUAACAGUAAAAGUAAGAAUGUUAAUAAUUACUUGAGUAAGAGUAAUAAAGUAUCCAAUGAGACAACUACUCAAGUAGCAAGUUUCUAGUUACUUUGGAUCUGAUCAAAAUGAAGGAAAUAUCCUGAAUCUCAGACUACAUGGAGAACUGUAAGGCACACCUCUCCUUGAAAGUCUGUCUGUUCUGUUUAUAUGAUUAUAAAAUCUAUGUUCAAGAGGAAGCAGUAUAUCUCAUGGGUACAAUAACACAGAACCUGUCAUUUUCAACACAAAAUCACACACACACACCCCAAAAAACAAACAUUUUCCCAACAGGUGACUGUCCUUAUUUUCACAUGUUAACAACACAAACUUGUCAGCAUCUGCAUUUAAACAAGACAACAGAGACCAAAAGAACAGACUAUGGAACAGAACAGAAGAGAAAGUGUGUGUAGAGAGAGAGUGAGUGAGUGUGCGCAUUAAUAUGUUUGUGUGUGUGUAUGUGUGUGUGUGUCGCGACCUCAUUAUACAUGAUGUAAACAAAUUAUUAAAACUACAUAUAUUCAUUAAUAUUUAACAGUAACAGAGGAAUGACACUGAAUGUAGUGAAGUCAAAGUACAUUCCUGUGAUUUAAAAAUUAAUUUGAGUAAGUGUAUAAGUAUGGCCAGUUAAACUUACACUUAAAAGUAUUUUUUUUUUUCUUCAAAAAGUUACUCAAGUAAAUGUAGCAAAGUAAAUGUAGCAUGUUACUACCCACCUCUGCUAUGUACACUGACACUCCUUGUGUUGUUGAAGGGGUAGAAGUAGAGCUGACAUUUAGUAAAAACUCCAUCAAGCUUAUUUGACCCUAAUGAAGUGCAUAUUUUCCCUCCAGUAUAAAACAAACUGUUUCCAUUUAAGCUGUAUUUACUACAUUUUGAACCUUUAACCAAACAGUAACAAUAAAUUAUCUAUGUAUUCCAGUGAUCACCCUUUAUCAAUAAUCUGAAUCAAUUAUCAUCACAAAAUUCCUCACUUGCAAGUCCAAUAGUAAAACUUUUAUAGCAAGCAUAAUGCCAAGACAGGCUUAUACAUAAUACCACUUGACAGACUCCCAGUAAUCUGAAACAAUAAUGAAAUCUAAACAUAGACUGAAAACCAAACAAGUUUUUGAAGUGUUCAUUGAUAACAUUUGACAACGUUCAUUGAUAACAACCAGAAAAAAAACAGACAAAAACCAGACAGGCAUUAAAACUUUAUACAAGGGUAAGCCAAAACAAAAUCACUUGGAUGUGCCCUUUUGGAAACAUAUAAUCAUCAAUAUGCAGAUAAGCACAUUUAAAAUUUAAUGCCUGCUAUUACAGUAUUACAAUAUUUUUUAUUAUUAUUUUAUUUAUCUAAUUGUUUAAUCACUCUUUCUUUCUUUUGUUUUCUUUUUAUAUUUCAUUUUCUAAUGUUUAAUUUUUCCUUUCAUUUUAUUUUAAAGCAAGUUUCCUUUUAUCAGUUAGGCAGAUCAUUCCAGGCAGUUUAAUAGAUAUUAAAUGGAUAAUAGAUUAAUAGAUAAUGGUUGAGGUGAUGGAACUGUUCAUACACUAAAGAAGAAAAGAAACUGUGCUGACAUGGGUAGAGCAAAUUACUGAGAAGUCACAGUUUUACUCUUUAGAGAAUAUAAGUAAGUAAUUCCAUAGAAACCAUCAGUAUAUUUAGAACAGAAUCCCCAUUGAAUUCUUCCUGCAAAUGUUUAAAAUAAUCUUUCCUUAGAAUGCUACAGAACAAACGAAAAUAGAAAACUGAUUUCUUUCUAAGUUUCCCAAUAUUCACAAAAGUUAUUAGGUCACCAGCAUAUGCAAAAAUCCUCAGUGGCCUGUGUUGCUGUACUGAAUUCUUGAAUACAUAAAUACAAAUAAUACACUUCUGUUUUGGAAGUCACUCGGUUCUCUAGGCUAGGUCAAAAUACACAUGGAAAGUUUGAGAUUAUUUGUCCAAAUUGCUGAAAUAUCUGACACCAUUUGAUUGCCUUAAAUAAAUCAGCUCAAUGUGAUAGUGGGAGGCUAAUGUCAGGAUACCAAGAGUGAAUAAGACACUUCUAUUCUACAUUACAGAGAAUUUAUAGGCAGUGAAUUUAAUAGUAAUGAAGUCAGUAUGCUGUGGUUUGUCUAUAUAGAGCAGAUGGCUCUUUUCUGAUUUUAGAAAUAUUUUAUUUAUUCAUUUCACUGUAAUAUAGAUUGUGUGCAUCUCGGCUGGACUGAUGUAACCUGAUGGAUAUUUUUAUUAUUUCCUUACAAUUUAAUAGAUUAUAUGAGGUUGUUAAUAAUGUGUGUCAUCUUAUCAUGAUAGCAUUCCAUGGUGGCGUAGCAGUUAAUGUUACCACCUCACAGGUUCAGAGUCCCCAAUUUGAUCCAGAGGUUGGGUUUAAUGUCUAUGUGGAGUUUCUAUGAAUACUCUCCCAGUGUCUAUAUGGGUUUCCUGCUGGUUUUCCAUUUUCCUUCUUUGGUGUGAAUGAGUGUGAGUGUGUAUGUGCCUGGUACUCUGUGAUGGACUGAUUUUCAUCCAGAAUGUAUUCCUGCUUCAUGCUUAGUCUUCCUGGGAAUCCACUCUGAUUCUGCAUCCACUGUGACCCUGACCAGAAUAAAGCAGUUACAGAAGAUGAAUGAAUAUCUCCAUACUGAAAAUACAUAAUUCAAAUCAUAAUCACAGUAUAAUCACGUUAUCACUCAAAAGUUGGUCAUGUAUCAGUGUUGCUAGGCAAAGAGUUUUAGAAAUGGAAAAAGGCAAGGAAAAGUGUGGUCGAGUAAUCUAAAUAGGCAUAGAAGUUAUUUGUUUUGGAUAUUUAUGUUAUUGUGCCUAUGUUAUAAUGUUGUUUAAAGGGCAUGGUGGUGUUUAAUUAGGCUGUGCAAAAUGUGCAUUAUGAGGCUGAGUGCAUAUUGUUAAAUUUAGAACACCGGGAAAUUUAGCAAAUAGCGCUGUCUGAUUUAUAGUUAAACUUUAUUAUUUAAACAAUUAUUUUACAUUUACUAUUUUUGCAGAUGAUUUUAUUCAGGACAACUUCCAAAUUAUGCAAGACCCUAAAUGCAAAUGAACAAGGGAUCAAAUAAAGUGUGUUAAAUAAGGUUUUUAUAUUUGAAUAUCAACGUAUGAUUGGUCACAUUCAAGAGUCUCUGCUAUGAGUGUGUAACUAUUAAAUGAUUUUCCUUUGACC